GUUUGUGAUUGGUCAUUCUGCCUCACCGUGUUCCGUGUCGCGAAGAUGGCCGACACCGGUAUGAAAACAGAAGUUGCUUCAACAAUGUUCAAUCCGGGAGGCUGGAAAAGUCUAAUCUCGUUUGCAACACUGACUCUUGCAUGGCUUGUUGGCUUCAGCGCCCGGUUGUUUGCUGUCAUCCGCUUCGAAAGCAUUAUCCACGAAUUUGAUCCAUGGUUCAACUACAGAGCCACACAUUAUAUGGUGAAUCAUGGCUUCUACAACUUUCUCAACUGGUUUGAUGAGCGUGCAUGGUAUCCACUGGGCCGAAUCGUUGGAGGCACAGUGUACCCCGGGCUGAUGGUGACCUCGGGCUCCAUCCACUGGUUCCUGCAUCUCCUCAACAUUCCUGUGCACAUUAGGGACAUCUGCGUCUUCCUUGCUCCCAUAUUCAGUGGUAUGACUGCAGUGUCGGUGUACUUGUUCACAAAGGAGAUCUGGUCUGCAGGGGCAGGGCUGUUUGCUGCUUGCUUCAUCGCCAUUGUGCCUGGCUAUAUAUCUCGGUCCGUCGCUGGCAGCUAUGACAACGAAGGAAUUGCUAUUUUUGCUCUUAUGUUCACAUAUUAUCUUUGGAUAAAAUCACUGAAGACUGGGUCAUUAUAUUGGUCAAUUUUAACAGCUUUGUCAUAUUUUUACAUGGUGUCUGCGUGGGGUGGCUAUGUGUUCAUCAUCAACCUCAUCCCCCUUCACGUGUUUGUAUUGAUACUCAUGGGACGCUACUCCAGGCGUAUAUAUGUUGCAUAUAACUCAUUUUUCAUUGUGGGCCUGAUACUGUCCAUGCAGGUGCCGUUUGUUGGGUUCAAUCCAAUAUCUACCAGUGAACACAUGGCCUCCGCAGGAGUGUUUGCCUUGCUGAAUGCCUACAGUCUGCUGAAGUACAUUCAGUCCUUCCUGACAAAGGCCGAGUUCAAGUUCUUCUUCAUUGUGGCUGUGGGAGCUGCGGCGGGCCUCAUAUUCUUGGCGGUGGUUGGAUUGACCUGGGCAGGCUUCAUUCAUCCGUGGAGCGGUCGCUUCUACUCCCUGUGGGACACAGGCUACGCCAAGAUCCACAUUCCCAUUAUAGCGUCAGUCUCUGAACACCAGCCGACCACAUGGGUCUCAUUCUUCUUUGACCUUCACAUCCUCGUGUGUGCGUUCCCUGCUGGAGUCUGGUACUGUGUCAAGGAAGUCAACGAUGAGAGAGUUUUUGUGGUAUUGUACGCCAUAUUUGCCAGCUACUUUGCUGGAGUGAUGGUUCGCCUGAUGCUCACUCUGACCCCUAUCGUGUGUGUGGCAGCUGCCAUUGCUUUCUCCAGGGUGUUUGAGAUCUACCUGAAAGAUGACUCCCCGAAACCCGAGCGCAAGGACUCCACGGACUCUCAAGACAAGCAGACUGAUGGCAAAUACUAUGACAAGGUUGGAAAGGCAAAGAAGGAUAAGAAGGAAGAGAAGCCUUUGAAGGACAAGGACGCCCUGGGCAUCAAUGUCAAGUCCAUUGUGGUCAUCGUUCUCCUCAUGGUGCUCAUGUUGUUUGCUGUCCACUGCACCUGGGUAACCUCCAGCGCCUACUCCAGCCCUAGCAUCGUACUUGCCUCGUAUAACAAUGAUGGGAGUCGUACGAUCCUGGAUGAUUUCCGUGAGGCGUACUACUGGCUGAGAGAGAACACGGAGGACAAGGCCCGCGUCAUGUCAUGGUGGGACUACGGAUACCAGAUAGCAGGCAUGGGCAACAAGACCACUCUCGUAGAUAAUAACACUUGGAACAACAGCCAUAUCGCCUUGGUGGGAAAAGCCAUGUCAUCCAAUGAGAGUGCGGCUUACGAGAUCAUGCGAGCUCUAGAUGUGAACUACGUGCUGGUAAUAUUUGGUGGUGUGAUUGGAUACUCUGGCGAUGACAUCAACAAGUUCUUGUGGAUGGUCAGAAUUGCUGAGGGUGAACAUCCUAAAGAUAUCAGAGAGUCAGACUAUUUCACCCCCCAGGGAGAGUUCCGUGUGGAUUCCGCUGGCUCCCCAACACUUCUCAACUGUCUUAUGUACAAACUCUCCUACUACCGAUUUGGGGAAUUACAGUUGGAUUUCCGCUCUCCUGCGGGCUAUGACAGGACUAGAGGGGUGGAGAUCGGCAACAAGAACUUUGAUCUGACCCACCUCGAGGAGGCCUACACGUCAGAGCACUGGCUGGUCAGGAUCUACAAGGUCAAGGACCUCGAGAACAGGGAGGAGAUCAAACCAACCAAACCUGUCAAGAAAUCCAGCAAAAAGUCAUCACAAAAAAAGUCUGGCAAAAAGAUGGGAAGUAUAAAAAAUCAACCGAAAAUAGUGAAGGGAAAGAGACCUAAAUCAAAGAAAUAGUGUGUUUUUAAUUAGUAAUACAGAUUUCAUCCAUUUACAUAUUUAUAUUAAAGUGCAAAACUGACGUUAUAAAAAUAUCUUAGGAUAUAUAUAUUGAAUUGUUCUAGGUUCUAGACCAACUAAUAUAGAAUAAAUGGUGAAUGAUUUGAAUGAUUAUAAUUUUGAAUGUUGCCUACAUCUACUAAUGCUGAAAGGUAUAUAGCAAAUGUUCAUAAUUGUGAAUGAUACCAUCACAUGUGUUGGCUGUCCAGAUAUCCAGAUAUUAUUUGAAUCAUUGUAAUUAAAUUUGUUUAAAUAAAGGAGAUAUUAAAGAGACUUUUCAAAGCUAUACUUUGCCUUGUAUGACUUGUAAACAAAUGUUAUUACAUGAUUUUGUAAUGUGUUCGUUUCCUUACUUUUUUGUUAAGCGUUUAUUUUUUAAGCCAAAGUGUGAAAUUUCUUUUCAAUUCAUCAUCAUCAACAGAGUAUACUUGUAUUGCCAUUUGUGUGUGUGGAAAAAAAAACAUGUUUUCUGUCAAGAAUUUCAUAGUAGAUCAUUUUGAUAUUUGUAGUUUUGACUUUAAUGUCUACCUGGUAUUGUAGCUUCUGGCUUCUCGCAUUAACUUGUCUAGGUAUUCUUUUGUAGCCUGUGUUGAAAUCAUGUCUAUACUUUGUAAAUUCUUUUAUUAAUAGGGUAUUAACUUUAAACACAUAUUCGUAAAGGUGUUUUACCAGAUUCUUUAUGUUGUGAACGUUAUUUCAUUGAAAAUAAUUACUGUAAAUGGUUUUUUAAACAUAUUUAUGUAUGGUCACAUACCUGUUUAAAGAAAAAAGAAUAAUAUUAAAGCUGUGGUUCUACUAUUUCCCUCUAAACAAAUAAGGUCCUAAAUCCCCCAAUAUGACAUUAUUAUGCCCCCGGAUCGAAUGAUCGGGGGUAUAUUGUUUUUGGCCUGUCUGUCAUUGUAUGUGUCUGUCUGUCAUUGUAUGUGUCUGUAACAAAUUUUAACCUUGGUUAAACUUUUGCAAUAACUUUUGCAAUAUUGAAGAUAGCAACUUGAUAUUUGGCAUUCAUGUGUGUCUCAUGGAGCUGCACAUUUUGAGUGGUGAAAGGUCAAGGUCACCCUUAAAGGUCAAAGGUCAAAUAUAUGGCUUCAAAGCGGUAGGGGGCAUUGUAUUUCUGGCAAACACAUCUCUUGUUUUGAUAUUGCAAUCCUUCCAACUUUUGGUGCAUGGCUUUAUCUCUAGUCAUAUCAUUGCAUUCUUUGGUUUUACCAUCAUUACAGCUGGCAAACUGACAUUACUGCACAUGUGAAAAGUAUAUUUAAUUAAUGCAACCGUGUUUUCUUAACAUAAAUCAAAUUGAUGAAAUUUUUGUAAGUUUUUUUAUUUUUACUUUGGUAUUACUGUCAAAUAUGGAUGGAACAUUGUUUGGAGGCAACUACUUUGUUUCAGUCUAGCUCACGCUGUUUGUGUAUAUAUGUUUUAACUUUCUUUCAGUUUUGAUUUAUAUCAGUGUUCUAUGGAUUUGAAAUCAUGAUGUAACAUGUAUAAUAGCUAUAUUUAUACUGGUGAGCAUUUUGUAAAAUAUCUUUCAUUUUUCAUGUUACUGGCUUCUUGUGGGUUUUUCACAUGAUAGUGUUAUGCUUGCCUUAUUUAUAGAAAUUUCACUAUGUGUUUCUUACUCAUUCAGAAAAUGAACUUAGCACAUUCAAUUUUUUUCCAAGUUAUUCCUGAGUUACAAUUCACUGCUUGUUUACCUAAAUAUAUUUUGUAUUUAAAAAAAGUUCCAUUUUAAAACUUUAGUUCUUGAUUAUUUGAAUACAUGUAUCAUUGCUUGCAUCUUCCUAUCACUGGUCAAAGUACACCUAUCACACGUUGUAUGGAGUACUUUUUUUUAUCAGUUUGGUGUCUAUUAAUUUUUUGUAUGAAAGAGUUGUUACUACAUGUAUGUUGAUGGGAGAAGAUCUUGUAUGUUAGUAAAUGCUGACAGUUGUGCUAGUUUGAUUUUGCAGUUUUCUCCUUGCUUUCUACAAAUUAUGAAUAGUUGUGACAUUCCAUUGUGCCUGUGUAUCAUCAUGUCCUUUGGUGUUAACGGUGAAGAAUCAAUUAAUUUUAUAGGAUUUUUAAGUGGUUUAGAAAAGUACCAAAUGCGUAACUACGAUAUAAAUUCUGAUAUAUAUUGUUAGCUUGUAUAAUUUUUGUUGAUAUUUUGAACUUUGUUAGACUAUAAAAUUGAUUUUAUUUUCAUUAUUUGGACCAAAAAUGUAUCACGCAGAAUUAUUUCUUUUAAUGAUAAGUCUUUGUUUUGAGUUGUGUUUCUUGGUUAUUACACUGAAACAUUUCAAAGGUGAGAAAAUUCACAAUAUAUGACUGUCUGUGGUAUCUGCAUUGGAUAAAAGAAAUCACACAUUUUCCUGCGCAGAUGAAGUAAAGAUGAUUGUGCUGUUAUAUGAAAUAUAGUUAUAACACUGACCAUUUAAUUGUUGAGAAUUAAAAUGUGAAAAGGUUA